CGUGUUUCUCUGAGCAAUAAUAGGUGCCUGGUAUAGGCUAUCCUGCCUGCCUACCUUGCUUGGUAACGACUCAUCGAUCAGAAAAACUGCGAAAGCUCCUUCAGGACCGCACAAUGGCGUCGUCGACUACACCCUCCGGGCUCUCCCCCGACCCGUCCUCUGCCCUAGUAUCCGGCACAUCCUCGGGCACGUUCCUGCAGACGCCUAGUCACAGCAGCAGCGUCACCGUGGAAGGACCGGAAGAGCCCCGCAAGAUCAGGAUCCUCGGCCUGCACGGCAUGGGCACGAGCGCUGAGAUAUUCAAAUCCCAGACCUCGGCCUUUCGCUCCAAGCUGCCGCCCCACUUCACCUUCGUCUUCAUCGAUGCCCCCUUCCCCUGCGCCCCGGCGCCCGGCGCCGAGGUUCUCUUUACAAAGCGCGCCUACUACGCCUGGUGGAAGGACCAGACCCCCAACGCAAUCAAGCUCUCCCACCUCGCGGUGACCGACUACAUCGAGCGGCACGGCCCCUUCGACAUCCUCAUGGGCUUCUCGCAGGGCUGCGCGCUGAUCAGCAGCUACCUGCUGUACCACGCGCGCGAGACGCCCGACAAGCCGCUGCCCUUCCAGGCGGCCGUCUUCAUAUGCGGCGGCGUGCCGCUGCCCGCGCUCGAGGACCUGGGCGUCGACGUGACGCAGCGGGCCCGCGACAUCAACGAGAAGACGGCCCGGGGCCUGCGGAAGAAGGCGCUUUACCUGUUCGACUACGCCGCCAACCCCAACCUGAUCGAGCGCGGCGUGGGCCUGUGGGACGACGUUUCCGACCUGGUGCACAAGCCGGACCAGAUGCCGGACGAGACCGACGUGUUCGGGCUCGACUUCACCACCAUGCCCAAGGACUUGCGCAUCAAGAUCCCCACGGUGCAUGUCUACGGGGCUAAGGACCCGCGCUGGCCUGCCAGCCUGCAGCUGGCGCAUUUUUGCGACCAGCGCAAGCUCUACGACCACGGUGGCGGACACGAGAUUCCUCGGACCAGUGAGGUGUCCUCCAAGAUCGCAGAGUUGAUCAGCGGGCUUGUCGAGGACACACAGCGCGAGAAGGCACCGGCGGUGAAGGAGUAGUGGGCGGGAACACGGAGUGCGAGGAGAGACUGGGCAAGUAAGGGAACCGGGCUUUCGUUGGGUUGGCCGGCGUAAAAGAUGCGUUCAGCGGUUCCGAAUUAUCGAUCAUGGGGAUGGAGACCUCACGCUGAACGAUGAACCAGGGGUUAGAGCAGGUCCAUUAUUAUUAUGAGCGAGCAAGAAGGAAAAUAGAAAUU